UUGCUCCGCCUGUGGCCACCAAUGUCCCUCCUCUGGCGCCCCUCUCUCCGCCCCUGUCGCCCGCCAGUACCGGACACGCUGCUGCACUUCAUCUCUUGGGGCGCUCUUCGCCUUGGCCAACCGUCGCAUCCUGUGCAACUCUGGUCAGCGGUCGUUUGGUGUUGAAUGUUCCCCACCAAGAGUGCAUGGCUGCGGAGCCGAGGCGCAGACCCGGGCCCCGAGGGCUCGCCCUCUGGGAAGCGGUGAUGCUGUUGUUGUACCUGGGGGUGCCUACGGGGUACCCCUACAACCUGGACCCAGAGAGCGCGCUGCUGUACCAGGGCCCCUCCGGCACUCUGUUUGGCUAUUCGGUGGUGCUGCACAGCCACGGGGAAAAGCGCUGGCUCAUCGCGGGGGCGCCCACUGCCAGCUGGCUCUCCAAUACUUCAGUGGUCAAUCCUGGGGCGAUUUAUAGAUGCAGGAUCGGAGAGAAUCCAGACCAGACCUGCGAACAGCUCCAGCUGGGUAGCCCCAGUGGAGAGCCUUGUGGAAAGACAUGCUUGGAAGAGAGAGAUAACCAGUGGUUGGGGGUAACACUCUCCAGACAGCCAGGUGAAAAUGGAUCUAUCGUGACUUGUGGGCACAGGUGGAAAAAUAUAUUUUAUAUGAGGAAUGAAAAUAAGCUACCCACUGGUGUUUGCUAUGGGAUGCCUUCUGAUUUGCGAACAGAACUGAGUAAAAGGAUGGCCCCAUGUUACCAAGAUUUUGUGAGAAAAUUUGGAGAACAUUUUGCAUCAUGUCAAGCUGGAAUAUCUAGUUUUUACACACAGGAUUUAAUUGUGAUGGGGGCCCCAGGAUCAUAUUACUGGACUGGUUCCAUCUUUGUCUACAAUAUAACUACAAACAAGUACAAGGCAUUUGUAGACAGACAAAAUCAAGUAAAAUUUGGAAGUUACUUAGGCUACUCAGUUGGAGCUGGUCAUUUUCGAAGUCCACACACAACUGAAGUUGUUGGAGGAGCCCCUCAACAUGAACAGAUAGGAAAAGCAUUUAUAUUCAGCAUUGAAGAAAGGGAACUGAGCAUCAUUCAUGAAAUGAAAGGUAAAAAGCUUGGCUCAUACUUUGGAGCUUCUAUAUGUGCGGUGGACCUCAACGCAGACGGCUUCUCAGAUCUCCUUGUUGGGGCUCCCAUGCAGAGCACUAUCAGAGAGGAAGGGAGAGUAUACGUGUACAUCAACUCUGGCUUGGGAGCUGAAAUGAAUGAAAUGGAAACAGUGCUUAUCGGAAGUGAUAAAUAUGCUGCAAGAUUUGGGGAAUCCAUUGCAAAUCUUGGUGACAUUGAUAAUGAUGGCUUUGAAGAUAUUGCUAUUGGUGCUCCACAAGAAGAUGAUUUGCGAGGUGCUAUCUACAUUUACAAUGGCCGAGUAGAUGGGAUCUCAUCCACCUACUCACAGAGAAUCGAAGGACUUCAAAUCAGCAAAUCACUAAGGAUGUUUGGACAAUCUAUCUCAGGACAAAUUGAUGCAGACAACAAUGGAUAUGUCGAUGUAGCGGUUGGUGCUUUUCGGUCUGAUUCUGCAGUGUUGCUAAGGACAAGGCCUGUAGUGAUUGUUGAAGCAUCUUUAAGCCAUCCUGAGUCAGUAAAUAGAACAAAAUUUGACUGCACUGAAAAUGGACUUCCCUCAGUGUGCAUGGAUCUAAGACUCUGUUUCUCAUAUAAGGGCAAAGAAGUCCCAGGCUACAUCAUUUUGUUUUACAACAUGAGCUUGGAUGUGCACAGGAAGGCAGAGACUCCAUCAAGAUUCUACUUCUUCUCUAAUGGAACUUCAGAUGCAAUCACAGGAAGCAUAAGAGUUUCAAGUAGUAGAGAGAAAUGUAGGACACACCAAGCAUUCAUGCGGAAAGAUGUGCGAGACAUCCUCACUCCUGUUCAGGUUGAGGCCAUUUACCACCUUGGGCAUCAUGUGAUCACCAAAAGAAACACAGAUGAAUUCCCACCACUUCAGCCAAUCCUCCAGCAGAAGAAAGAAAAAGAUGUGAUUAGAAGAACGAUAAACUUUGCAAGGUUUUGUGCCUAUGAAAAUUGUUCUGCUGAUCUGCAAGUUGCUGCUAAAAUUGGAUUUUUGAAGCCAUUUGAAAAUAAAACUUACCUUGCUGUUGGAAGCAUGAAGACCAUCAUGCUAAAUGUGACCGUGUUCAAUGCUGGAGAUGAUGCUUAUGAAACAAACCUGAACAUCCAACUCCCCACAGGCCUUUAUUUCAUUAAGAUCUUAGACCUGGAAGAGAAACAAAUAAAUUGUGAAGUGACAGAAAGCUCUGGCAUAGUGAAACUUGCCUGCAGCCUUGGUUACAUAUAUGUGGAUCGUCUCUCAAGAAUAGAUGUUAGCUUUCUCCUGGACGUGAGCUCGCUCAGCAGGGCAGAUGAGGACCUCAGCAUCAUCGUGCAGGCCUCCUGUGAAAAUGAAGGAGAAAUGGACAAAGUGAAGGACAACGAAGUGACUUUAGAGAUACCUCUAAGGUUUGAAGUCACGCUGACUGUUCACGGGUUUGUGAACCCAACUUCAUUUGUGUAUGGAUCAAGUGAAGAAAACCAGCCGGAAACAUGCAUGGCAGAGAGGCUGAACUUCACAUUCCAUGUUAUAAACACUGGCAUUAGCAUGGCUCCAAAUGUUAGUGUGGAAAUAAUGGUACCCAAUUCUUUUCUCCCUCAAACUGAUAAGUUGUUCAACGUUUUAGAUGUCCAGGCUACUGCUGGAGAAUGCCAUUUUAGACGUUAUGGAAGAGAGUGUACAUCGAGACAACAAAAAGGCGUAGCAGGGACCUUGACAGAUAUAGUUACAUUCCUAUCAAAAACUGACAAGAGACUCUUGUAUUGCAUGAAAGCUGAUCUACACUGUUUAAAUUUCUUAUGCAAUUUUGGGAAAAUGGAAAGUGGGAAAGAAGCCAGUGUUCACAUCCAGCUGGAAGGCCGGCCAUCCAUCUUGGAAAUGGAUGAGACUUCAUCGCUGAAGUUUGAAAUAAGAGCAACAGCUUUUCCAGAGCCACAUCCAAAAGUUAUUGAACUAAACAAGGAUGAGAACGUUGUCCACGUUAUCUUGGAAGGGCUCCAUCAUCAAAGACCCAAACGACAUUUCACCAUCGUGAUUAUAACCAGCAGCUUGCUACUUGGACUUAUUGUACUUUUAUUAAUUUCAUGUGUUAUGUGGAAGGCUGGGUUCUUUAAAAGACAAUACAAAUCUAUUCUACAAGAAGAAAAUAAGAGAGACAGCUGGAGUUAUGUCAACAGCAAUGAUGACUAAAGACUUAAAUUGAGAGAACUGAACAAAGACUCAGGGAAAAUCUUCAAGAAAGAAAAUACAAAAUGGAUGGUUAGAGAAAAACACUAAAGCUAUUGACUUACUCAAGAGAAGUGAACUCCCGAAGACAACUUGAAAGAAACUCCAGAUUUUGCCAGACAGACUUAAAAAGGAACAGUCUUCUGAGGAGAUAUUGACUGUAUGUGCUUGUGUUAUUGGAAUAUAUGACACAGAAUGGGCACUUGUUGGUUUCAAAUACUUAUGAGACAUUUUCAAAAUAUGAGGAUGAUCUUUGAAGCCAUUUAGACUCUUUCAAAGAGCUGUCUCCAGAUUUUCUAAUGGAUUAAAUGAUUUUAAACAGUGGGUUUGAAGAUUGUCACUGGCGGCCCAUCAUCACUGGGCUGUGCCCCUAUAGCCCUUUAUCCGGCAGAUAUGGAUCUUAAAUGCCUGGUGAACAAUAUCAGUGCAGAACAGGGUACUUCUGGACAAGUGUGGCUUCUGAAUCAAUAGCCAGCUUUGGACUCUCCCUUGUAUGUACAAAUAGUUUUCUAAAAGAUGCGAUUACCCAUCUACUUAUUUUAUCAAGAGCAUCUGGGAUUUUUUUUUUCAAAAUUUUAUUCAUAAAACCAAUCCUUAAGAAUUUUAUCCUCAUAGCAGAUUAUAAAUAUUCCACAUUAGCUGAUUCAUGAUGUUAUAAUAUAAACUGUAGCUCACUGGUGAUUUAAAACUUCAAAGAAAGAUUAGGGAGCUAGUAUUUCAUAAAAAAAUUUACUGUUUCAAAUGAAACAAACAUGCAUAUCUGCUAGGAUGUUGUUGUUUUCCUUAUUUUGCUUAAAUGCAUAUAAACCAGGCCUGUAUAAAAACAUUGUUUUAGAUAUGGAUAAGCACAUUCAUAGACUGAACUGCAAGUCACUGAUGAAGCUUGUAUGCAGUGACAUAAUGUGACAUCAAAAUUCCCACAACAUAUGUAAAUUUGGUAUUAUAUAAGGUUUUAUUUUAAAGUGAACUACUUUCUACUUGGGUUUUACAUAAUCAUUUUUUGCACUAUUUAUUUCAUACAUGUGUUUGAUAAAUAUAAAUUUUCAUCUAGAUCUAUUAUGUGUAAGAGAGCUAUGGCCAGAUUUUGAACAUGUGUUGGCUAAAAGAGGCAGCCUUCACUGUUAAGAAGAAUGAUUGCUUCACUAGAGAUCCUUUCUGCCAGCUGGCCCUUCCUCAGAUUUCCUAUUCAACACAGUUGACAGAUCACAAGCCAGUGGUCUGUGGCUGGAGAACAUGGGUGUGCUGGGGUUUGGGAGGAGUUUGAGGAAUGAAACUUGAGUACAAAACAUCAACUCUGUGCUCACACUCACACACACAUGCGUGUGCACACACAAAGAUAUAUUUAGUUACAUGUUUGUAUUUUUAAAGGAUUUCUUUUGUAUAAAAGGUAUAUAUUUAUGGUUUCUCAUAAAAAAAUUCAAGUAGUUAUCUCAUGAAGGUGUCAGUAUUAAUAAUAAAAGCCAAUUUUGGUUUUGGCCUAUCGUUUUACGGUAUGGUCUCUGAGGAAAUUUAAAUUUGGAUCAUUACACUGAAAACUGAGUGCUGUGACUGCCCAACCCUUGCCUUUCAGGUACAAAGGAACACAGCUACCUCCUGGGCCACAUUUUAGCCCAGUUAGAAAGAUAUUUUAUAUAUAUAUUUUAAAUAAAACUUAAUGUAAAUUUAGAAGUUUACCUGUAUAAUAAGCUUAAAGAUCUUACUACUUGCUACUUUAAAAAAAAUGCCAUUAUGGGGUUGAUCUGGGGGACAAUAGCUUAAGUGGAAAGAUUUUUUUUAAUUAAGUGUAUAUUCAUGGUAAUAUUGCUAGCUCCUUAUGGAAUUUGAAAUUUACAUUAAUUGCAUUAAAAUAGACUUUUUAAAUAGACAUUUUCAUUCAAAAAUGCAUUUUCUAUUUGUAUAUGCAGCAUAACAGAUUCCUUCAUAAUAAAUUUCUUCUUUACAUAUAUCUUUUA